AAAUGCUGAACUGCAGAAUGUGGUGUUAGAUGCCAGUGCUGCCAUGGGGAGCAAUGAACUUUGGGAGAAGGAUGCCACCGGAGCCCUUGGCCACGAUCUCAGCAAUGGCAGCAGCAGCAAUGUGGAAGCAGCCAGGCGCCUGGCUAAGCGCCUCUACCAUCUGGACCGGUUCAAACGCUCUGAUGUAGCAAAGCAUUUGGGUAAAAACAAUGAAUUCAGCAAGCUUGUGGGCGAAGAAUACCUGAAGUUUUUUGACUUCACAGGCAUGACACUGGACUACUCACUCAGGAGUUUCUUUAAAGCCUUUUCACUUAUCGGCGAAACUCAGGAAAGAGAGAGAGUUUUAAUCCACUUCUCCAGCAGAUACUACCAGUGCAACCCAAACACCAUUUCUUCUCAAGAUGGAGUUCACUGUCUCACGUGUGCCAUGAUGCUGCUGAACACAGACCUGCAUGGCCAUAACAUUGGGAAAAAGAUGACCUGCCACGAGUUCAUUGCUAACCUCCAGGGGAUGGAUGAUGGCAAAGACUUCCCAAAAGGACUGUUGAAGGCCCUCUACAAUUCAAUCAAGAAUGAGAAGCUGGAAUGGGCAGUGGAUGAAGAAGAGAAAAAAAAGUCUCACUCAGAUGGUACAGAUGAAAAGGAUAAUGGGAGCCAAACAAAGGCUGUCAGUCGAAUUACCAACUCAAAUAACCCAUUCCUGGACAUCCCUCAGGACCCCAGUGCUGCUGUGUAUAAAACUGGAUUUCUGGCUCGGAAAAUCCAUGCGGAUAUGGACGGAAAGAAAACUCCCCGGGGAAAGCGAGGCUGGAAAACCUUUUAUGCUGUGCUGAAGGGAACAGUCCUGUACUUGCAGAAGGAUGAAUAUAAGCCAGAAAAGGCUUUGUCAGAGGAAGAUCUGAAGAAUGCAGUUAGUGUGCAUCAUGCGCUGGCAUCCAAGGCAACAGACUAUGAGAAGAAACCAAAUGUCCUCAAGCUUAAAACAGCAGAUUGGAGGGUCCUGCUUUUCCAAGCCCAGAGCCAAGAAGAAAUGCAGAGCUGGAUCAACAAGAUCAACUGUGUGGCUGCUGUGUUCUCUGCACCACCAUUUCCAGCGGCUAUUGGCUCUCAGAAGAAGUUCAGUCGCCCACUCCUGCCAGCCACCACAACAAAGCUAUCUCAGGAUGAACAGCUGAAGUCCCAUGAAGCUAAGCUGAAACAGAUCUCCACUGAGCUUGCUGAACAUCGCUCCUAUCCUCCUGACAAGAAGCUCAAAGGCAAGGAAGUAGAUGAUUACAAACUGAAGGACCACUAUCUGGAGUUUGAGAAAAAUCGCUAUGAGAUUUAUAUUGGCCUCCUGAAAGAAGGGGUGAAGGAGCUGCUGAGCGGAGGAGAGAACGAUGCACCAGGACUGAAGAAAUCCCACUCGAGUCCCUCAUUGAAUCAGGAGUCUCCAGUUAGUGCCAAGGUGAAACGCAAUGUCUCAGAGAGGAAGGACUACAGGCCAGAAACACCCAGCAUUAAGCAGAAGGUCACUUAG